AUGGCCCUGCUGCAGCUAAUGGUCCACGGGGAACUCCCCAGCUCGGAGAUCGGGGAGAUCCUGGACGAGGCCCACAGCAGUCCGCCCUGGGAAGAGGUGCUGGUCAACAGGAUCAAGGCCAUGUCGGUGACGGAGAAGAGCCUGGUGCUGGAGGCCGUGUGCCAGUGCCUGCAGGAGCAGAACCAGCGCGUCCUGCAGGAGGAGGCCUCGGCCAUCCAGGAGUUCCUGGCGUCCUUGAAACUGGACCUCAAGCAGCCUCUGGAGAAGUUCUACGGGCUGAUGCUGAGGGAGAGCCCCAGCGAGGACGUGGUGAGGAAGCACCUGACCGGCCUCCUCGAGCUGUCCCACAAGACGGCCAGCCAGCGGGAGGGCAUUGCGCUGGCCGUGGGCAUCGCGGCCGCCACGCACAUGGAGCUGGCGUGGGCCAUUCUGGAGGACGUGGGCUGCACCAAGUUCCUCAAGUCCCCCCACAGGAACUCGGCCAGCCAGGAAAGGCACGCGAACGCCCACUUGCACUGCAGGUGGCUGGGCAGCACCUCCCUGCUGUGCUACGGGCAGAUGGCCAUGCAGUCCCGGAAGCAGAUCCUGCCCUGGGUGGACAACAUCGCCUCCAGGAUGGUCUAUUACUACUCGUGCAGCUGCUACGUGAGCGCGGCGGCGGGCGGGUCUGUGCGGCGCCGGCACCCGGUCCUGGCGGCCGCCCCGCGGCAGCUCCUGACCGGCCGCUGGCCCACUGUGCACGGACAGGACCACACCCUGAAGAAGAGCUUCCUGUCGGCGGCCGUCAUGCUCAUGAAGGCGCUCAAGCGGGAAAGCAGCACCCAGGGCUACAAGUUCACGCAGACGGCGGAGCUGAUCCACUGCCUGCUGUCCGCCCUGCAGAAGGAGCCUGACCACCUGGUCACCCCCUACCGGCAAAAGAUCAUACUGGUCAUCGCCGGGCUCAGGACCCUCUUUGUGCCGCGUCUCUCCAGCAGCCUGCGGCCCAGCCUCACGCCCAUGGUCAAGUCCACCAUCCUGCAGACCUGCUUCCAGAAACUGUACCAGCUGCCACCCAUGGAGGUGCUGAAGAGCUGCUGCCCUGCCCUGAAGUCAGACCCCAUGGUGACUGCCCAGCCCGGGGCCAGCCCAUCUCUGGGGGUGCUGUACCAGAAGGCCAUGCAAGCGCUCAACCUGCUGCUGCAGACCUUCGUCUCUGAGAACAAGAGCAUGGACGAGGUCUGCUUCCUCCUGCAGCACACAGAGCCCUGGCUGAUGUCCGACAGGAGCCACGAGCGCAGGCGGGCGGUGCACACCAUCUUCCUGCUGCUGAAGUGCCUGGUGAACUACGUGAAACUCACCGAGGAGGCCAAGCCCUCGAUGCUGGGCCACCAGCUAGGCCUGCUGAUGCUGCUGUGGAGGGACAGCGAGGAGUUCACCAAGAGCCACGCCCGCCUGUGCGUCUGCCUCCUCCUCCAGCUGCUGGUCCAGCAGAAGGAGAGCCUGACGGAGUUCAUGUAUUUAAAUAAAAUGAAGAAUUUUGAAGAAAGGGGCCACAGAGAGUCGGAUGCGAAGUUCCACUAUCUGGUGCAGGCCAUAGACGACCACCUGACGGUGGCCCAGCACACGCAGCUCAUCCUCACGCUGCUGCGCGCACUCUCCAACCACAAGCACAUGGACGGCGACCUGGCCUCCCACCUGCUCCUCAUGGUCUUCGAGGACCACAGCAUCAAGCCUGAGCAGGUGGCCGAGAUCCUGCAGGGGCUGUUCCAGGAGCUGCCCGCCAUCUCCUUCAAGAGUGCCCAGGAGAAGGUCCUGAAGGCGGUGAGGGUGCUGGGCACCCAGCACACCCAGGGGACCGUGGAGGUGCUGCUGACCCUGUGCCAGCCCUCGGAGAGGCAGGUGGCGCCCCUGUGGAAGGCCCUGGCCACCAACAGCCAGCUGGGCCGCAAGGUCAUGACCCUGCUCUACAUUAAGCUGAAGCUGCGGCCGCCCCAGCUGCUGAUCAGGCUGUCAGAGCAGGCGGAGCUCAUGUCCAUGCUGGCUCUGGGCACCAUUUACGAGCUCCUCUACAUCAGAGAGUACAGGGCCAUCGUGCACUGGGCCUUCGCGGGGAUCCUGCUGGGCCUGCUCACGCAGCUGCACUACCUGUACGAGCUGGGCGUGGUCGAGACCAUCCUGGAGCCCCAGGAGGACAUCCUGGAUAUGAAGCCCCUGGGCCCCUGCAGCAUGUGCGUGGAGGCGCUGAAGGGCCUCUUCUGGACCACCAACUACUGGGAGGUGUUUGCCUACCUCAAGCUGCUGAGGGGCUGGGAGCUCUUCGGGCGUGCGGAGACCUACACGGAGGGGGUGAUCCUGCUGGCCCGGGCCAUGGCCCACUGUGACUGCGAGGUCCAGGCCGUCCUGGGGCAGGCGGUCAUCUGCCUGAAGAGCUCGGAGGAGCGAGACAACAUCGUCGCCAUCCUCAUCAUCACAGAGUUUCUCACCAGCCAAGAGCUCACCCUUUACAUGUCCCGGAAAAUCAUGAACAAGUUCCUGACCCUGGGCCUGCACAACCCCAACCAGCUGGUGCGGGCCCUGAGCCUGACGGGGCUCAGCAGCGUCCUCAUGCAGCCCAAGAAGGUGCGGCUGCUCCGGACCCGGAUGUUGGGGCUGGUGGAGAGUUUCCAGAAGCCCGAGACCAAGGACCUCCUGGGCCUCAUGGAGAUCGUGGGCGACACGCUGCACCGCAUGGGCCCACAGGGCAUCGGCGCCUGCAGCCUCAAGCUUGCGCGGCACCUGCGGCGGCUGUUUGAGAACGAGCAGGAGGAGGUGCGCGGAGGGGCCAUCCUGCUCUUCGGGGAAGUCAUCUACAGCGGCGGCAGGAAGUACCAGCAGGCGCUCCAGGGCCACGCCUUCCAGUCCCUGGUGCCGCUGCUCUUCCACCUGGCGGACGCCUGCCCCCAGGUGGUCAUGAAGACCAAGUCCACCUUCCUGCGCUGCGCCAUCCUGCUCAAGUGGGAGUUCCGGAAGCAGCUGUUCAGCAAGCUGGCGUGGGGCCGCGGCCUGAGCGCCGAGAGCGACAUCUUCAUGUGCAUGAUGGAGAGCAACUUCAGCAGCUGCCACCAGUUCCUGCUGCAGGCCUCCCCCUACCUGCACAGCCCCCACCGGAACCUGAAGCUCACGGCCAUGAAGUUCAUCGGCGGCAUCCUGGAGGACUACUUCACCAACCUCUGCUUCUACCUGAAGAAGGGCGAGAUGAAACUCUUCCAGACCCAGUUCGAGGUGCUCAAGCAGGAGCAGGACUCCGCCAGCCGCAGGUUCUACCGGCACUUCCUGCAGGAGGUGGUGGAGCUGUCCCGGUACGUGAGCCAGUGAGGGCUCCGCGCGGGGCUGCGUGUCUGUGAAAUCCUCUAUUAAACUGGACGAGCCCCGCUCCUGGCUCUGCC